CCCCUCUCUUCUCUCCGCACCUUCCCUCUCAUGGACAUUCCGAACCCUCAAUCCCAGCCUCAAGCGGAGCCAGACACCGUCCCCUCUGCCCAGGAGAAGCCCGCCGCGCCCGUCCGCGUCGACGGCGGCCUUCGCGCAUGGCUCACCAUUCUCGGCGGCUGGAUCUGCCUCUUCUGCACCUUUGGCUACUCCAACGCGUUCGGAGUCUACCAGGACCUCUACACCCGCGAUGGCGCCGCCUCCGCAUCUAGAGUCAGCUGGAUCGGCUCCGUCCAGCUCUUCUUCCUAGUCGGCAUGGGCCUGCCCGCAGGAAAGCUUCUGGAUAUGGGAUAUUUCAGACAGACCAUCCUCGCGGGCUCUUUGCUCUAUGUCUUUUCCCUCUUCAUGCUGUCUCUCGCCCACGUCGACAAAUACUAUCAGAUAUUUCUGUCUCAAGGUCUGGGCAUGGGAAUCGGUGGCGGCCUCAUCUACCUCCCAGCCGUUGCUAUCCAGGCCCAUCAUUGGCAAGCGCGCCGCGCUUUUGCGAUCGGCAUCGUCUUCACCGGCGGAUCCGUCGGGGGCAUCAUCUUCCCCAUCAUGCUGAACCAGCUGUUCCACAACUCCGUGGGGUUCGCGUGGGGCGUCCGCGCUUCCGCGUUCCUCAUCCUCGGCUUGCUGGUCAUUGCGAAUCUGAUCAUGAGCCCUCGCCCUCCUAGCACAGGAAAGCCUCCAGGGGGUCAAGCAGCGCCGAGCGGUCUAGCGGGAAUGGCGAGAGAUGUUCCGUUUCUGUUGGUCAUAUUCGGCGCAUUUUGCGUGAACUGGGGUCUCUUUUUCCCGUAUUUUUAUAUCCAACUAUAUUCCAUCCUCCACGGCGCCGGUGUCACUUUCUCAUUCUACACGCUAGCGAUCAUGAACGGAGCCUCGAUUCUGGGCCGGACGAUCCCCAACUUCCUGGCGGACACCGUUGGCCCGUUCAACAACUUCGUCCCGGCCUGUCUGGGGCCAGGGAUCAUGCUCUUUGCGCUGUUGGGGAUCCGAUCGACGGCGGGGAUCGUGGUGUUUGCGAUCAUCUACGGCUUUUUCACCGGCGCAUUCGUUUCCCUCCUCGCGCCAACGAUCGCGACGCUGACUGCGAAUAAGGGCGAGAUCGGGUUGCGGAUGGGCGUCGCGUUCUUCCUAACCUCGUUCGGAUCUCUGUUCGGCACGCCUGUGCAGGGCGCCCUGUUGGGGACCACCUUCACAUGGUCGCGGCCCAUUAUCUUCAGUGCGGUGAUGUCGGUCGCGGGGACGGUGGGUGUAGGAAUAGCGCGGCAGAUGGUCGCGCGGCGCAAAGGAAGCCAGGUGGUCUAGCGCUCACGGGAGUGUGCUGCUUGCGAGCGCUCCCCGCGCCUCUGAAUCCCCUGUGCCCUGCGCGUUCUGUGUUGUCGAAUGAUACCCAUGCACAUACCGCUGUGCCGCUCUCCUAUUUUGGAUGUGUAUAUACACGCAUGCGCCUAUGCGAUAGCGAACCGCACCUCGUGACCUUUCCAGUCCGAAUGUGCCUUGGACU